GUUAGUAAACUGUGAUGGAUUAUAUCAACAAAUGACAGCGUAGGAAGUCUGACUGAGAGAAAAGGUUAUCUUUGUACGUGAUAAUGAAUCAUCCACUUGUGUACUGUGUCUUGGUGUUGUGGAAGUGACUCUUAUGUGUUAUUUCGCAUAUAUAGUGCUAAAAAAUAGUUAAAAUGAAGCAAAGAGGAGUGUGGUAUAGAUACAGAGCGUCGCAGAUGAUGAUUGUUUGUUGGGCAGCCAUCUGGACGUUGUGUACUGCUGACCCACAUCAACGAACCUUUUCACGGGACCAUCAUCACCUUCAUCAUCCCAGCAGACAACAACUUCAGAACCAUCCAUUACGCUCUCACACAAGUGGUCUUAAGUUAUGGAGCAAAAUCAUUCCAGAUCUCCAAGCACAAAGAAAAUCAUAUGAUGGAGCCCACAGUUCUCAAACCUGGUAUGACAAUAACCCUGUUAAGCAAGAGGGAAUGGAAGGGUAUGGACGUCAUGAACGAUCCCCCAUAGUUGAUAGAAGUGUUUCAGAUACCAAAUUUGACAUUGAAGUGAUUGAAGGAACGUUUGGUGAUACUUUAACUCAACACAUUAACAAGACUUCUGAAUACUUGUUUGAAUACAUCUAUAAUACAUCUGCACUGAAGACAAAUGCUGUGCGUGUCACAGUGACCAGCCCUAGGAGUGGAUAUGCAUACCCAUUAUUGGUUGUAGUGCGGCAACAACGAGGGGUCCUGUCUUGGCAGAUUCCUCUGGAGCCUCCACCCAAUACACAGAUUAUGGAGGAGUACUACACUGUGUCUCAUACCCUGUGUCCUGCCAAGAACUACAAAGUUUCCGUUCAAGGCAUCCCGGACACAACCCAGCGUCUCUUCAUUGAUGUUUCAACAUCAUCACCAUCAAAUGUGACUUUUACAGUUAAUGUUGAUUUUGAAAAACAAUUUUUGAUUGAUUUACACACCUCCAGCACCACCAGGGUGUUCGAUGUAACACCAUCACAACCUGUGUUUUAUGAGUUCAUGUUCCCAGAAGAUGUAGACAUGGUAUUGGUGAAGGUGAAUGCUGAGGAUGACUUCUGUGCCAUGGUCGCUAUUCAGAAUAUCACAUGUCCAGUGUUUGACAGUGAAGAGAAUGUUGAGUAUGGCAACUCCUACCAGACCAUGACCUACCAAGCUGGUAUUACAGUCAGGAAACUAGAUUACCCCAAUGGUUUGUAUAUACUGGUGGUAAUGCUGUCGACUGACGAAGCUUGCUCUGCCACAUUCCAACACGUAUAUCGCAAUAGGAAGAAAACAGUCACACUCACCAUCGAGGAAAAGAUUACCAAGCUAGAAUAUCUUGCCGCCAUCUUUGCCGGCCUUGGUUACUGUGCGUUUUUUUACAUUGUAACACUCGUCUUGGCUUGUAUAUCAUAUGUCAGAGCAAAGAGGAAACAGCCUCGUGAACGUAGUCUGUUGGAUGACUCCAUCUUGGGAACACCAGAGGAUCAUAAUUCCCCAGGGCCAUCACCCUCUUACAGAGCUGUCAGCACCAGUGAAGAGCACUACCCACCACUGCCUCACACCGCCUCAGAUUCCUCACUGGAUGAAGAUGACAUUGACAUGCUCACUGAUGCAGAGAGUGAUAAGGAUAUUUUCAGGACCAAGACUUUCUUGUAUGUAAGUGACUUGGCUCGAAAGGACAUGCGGGUCUUGACCAAGAAGUCACAGUUGUACAUAUGGGGUCUCCUAACUGUUGGAGUUUUUUAUGCUGUUCCUGUGAUUCAGCUGGUCAUAACAUACCAGAAGGUCCUGGAUGAGACUGGAAAUCAAGAUCUGUGUUUUUACAACUUCUGGUGUGCCCAUCCCCUUGGCCCCUUGAGUGACUUUAAUCAUGUCUUCUCAAACAUUGGUUAUAUCCUCUUUGGCAUAUUAUUUAUAGUUGUGUGUAUUCGUCGGAAUCAUCACCAUAAGCUCGUUGUACAAGCUGAUUACAAGAUUGAUAAGUAUUAUGGCAUUCCUCAGCACUUUGGAAUAUUCUAUGCCAUGGGUGGGUCACUCAUUAUGGAAGGUUUUCUCAGUGCCUGCUACCAUAUAUGCCCCAAUAACUCUAACUACCAGUUUGAUACAUCGUUCAUGUACGUUAUUUCGGUGCUCUCCAUGCUCAAGAUCUACCAGACACGUCACCCUGAUAUCAAUGCCAGUGCCAGUGCGGUAUUUGCUGCUUUGGCUGCAGCAGUCCUCCUUGGGGUCAUUGGUGUCUUAGCAGGGACUCUUGUGUUUUUGAUCAUAUUUGGCCUCAUACAUGUGAUAUCAUGCCUCCUGCUGUCAUGUCACGUGUAUUACAUGGGCAGGUGGAAGUGCGAUUUAGGGCUUUUCAAACGUAUGAAAACUUGGUGUUUAAGUGAACUCAGUGACUGGCGACAAAUUUGCCGUCCCAUGUAUUGUGAUCGCAUGGUGUUGUUGCUGAUAGGGAAUGCAGCAAAUUGGGGUUUGGCCAUCUAUGGAAUAGUAUCCACUCCCAAAGAUUUUGCCUCUUACCUGCUCAUUAUAUUCCUCACCAACCUGCUCCUGUAUAUUGCAUUCUACAUCAUAAUGAAGCUACGACACAGUGAAAGAAUACAGUUCCAGCCACUUGUGUACCUGGUCCUGUGUCUGUUAAGUUGGGGAGCAGCCAUCUUCUUUUAUACUCAUCACACGACCACUUGGGAGUUAACACCAGCACACAGCCGCCAGUAUAACCAGGAGUGUGUCUUGUUACACUUCUAUGAUACUCAUGACAUUUGGCACUUUUUAUCUGCUGGUGCCAUGUUCUUUGGAUUUAUGCUCCUCCUCACUCUGGAUGACGACUUAGCUCACACUCCACGAGAAAAAAUUCCAGUCUUCUAAGAAAACGAGCACUUGUUGCUUUUCUUCAGUUGUUUCUGUUGAGGUCUUCUACAAGAAAUUUUCCAGCAUUUGCUUUUCAUUUUUCAUCCAUGAGAUUAUUUACUGUUGUUUAAUAUUUUGGUAUAAAUAUUCUUUCAUUCAAGCAAAAAAUACUUGAGUGAACCAAAAAUCAGGUAUGUAUUUAGUUAAUUAGGAAGCCCUAUAUUUUUAAUAUAAUUUGUAGUCAGCAUUAUCAUUAUUCAUACCUUGUAGAAUCUUGAUUUUGUUGUAGUCAAUAAUUUGUAAAGAAAUGUUAUGUUUAUGUUGAUAUACAUCAGUAUAUAAACUUAUUAUGUGUUUUUGUUUUAUCACUUAACUUGUUCAAAUAACUUUACCCAAGUUUGACUUCUUCUAUUGACUCAUGAUAGAGCACAAAAAGAAAUUGAUGAACAGCUGAUGCAGAAGCUAACAAAUAUAUAACAGUUUACUGCCUGCUGUAUUAAAAUUAGAUAAGUACAGUACAGUGAUCAUAUUGGAACAAAUACUGUAUAUACAGUAUAGGGGGUUCCCCCGUUACAAACGGGUUCCAUUCCUGAGGACAUUCUUAAGUCAGAAAUGUGCCUAAGUCGGAACUCAUACCCUGUGUGCACUAAGCCUUAGUCAUUUUAUACAUCUCGAAUCACCUAAUUUAAGAGAAUAGAAGAAAUUGAAUCCUAAAUUACAGUAAAGAAAAGUAAAAAUUAUAAUUUAACACUUACUGUAUAUUGAAACCUGGGACUGGCUUGUGUGUAGAGAUGGUCAUUUGUAGGAGUGACAGAGGCUUUAUUGGGAUGGUUGACCUGAAACUUUCAUCUUUUCAUCAUAAAUCUCUCUGUAGCAUUGUAGAUGUUCAGUAAUACCUCUAUGAAUCUUGGUGAGUCUUGCCGUGUUGGUAUCUUGCUGUUUAAAUUUAAACAUUCCUUCUUCGAUAAGCCUAAAAUCAUCUGCCAUUUCUUUUGUAAUGAAUCCCUUUGGUUCUGGAGUUUCAGCUUCCUCUACAUCCUCUGACAAAAUGUGCUUCUCCAGUUUAAUUAGGUCCUCAUUGCUUAAUUCUUCAGCAUGAGAAUCAAUCAACUGUGUGACAUCGUGCUCAUGAAUAUCAAGCUGGAGUUGACUCCCAAGGUCUACCACUGUCUGUGUCACUUCCCCAACAUCGUUUUCAAAGCCCCUGAAAUUGUGGACAAAUUGUGGACAGUGUUUUUUCUAAACACCAUUUACCCUUACCUUGAACCGGAUAAACCAGCCCCUACUAGCAACAAAAUCUUCCCCAUCACUUUCACCACCACGUUUAACCUUCAAGUCAGUUAGACUUAGAGACAAAUCCCGUUGAUUUUGAUCUUCCACCCAUAUCACUAACAAUCUUUCCUUUUCAAUUAACAAUCCACUUCUUUGUUUUGUUAUCACAGUUGAGUGCAUUGGUGUAGAUCCUUUUACAUACUGUAUUCAAGAAUUUUCUGUUUGUCUUUCAAAAUUGUUCCGAUCAUUGACUGACUGAAACCCAAAGCUUUUCCUAUCACUGAGGGUGUUUCGCCUUUUUCAGAAUGUUCAAUUACAUCAACUUUAAAUUCCAUUGCAAUUGUUUUCCUUUUCUUGGAUGCACUACUAUCACUUGCAUCAGGUUUGCAUUUGGAAGCCAUGAUGAGGGCCAAAAAAGAGAGUUAAUAAGCAAAAAACAACAGUUUGCACUUGAUCAAGCACAUUGAGGGUAAAGCUUACUGAUGCUCCCUCAAGGCGCAUGGCUGGGCGACUCAUUACUCCCCAAGCGCCGCUCUGCCUCACUGCUCUGCCACGCAAACUAGUUCUCGUACGUUAAUACUACGAACCAGUUGUACUUAUGUCUGAUUUUUUAAAUAAUUGACCUUAUGGGUGUUCAUAAGUCGGACAUUCAUAGGUCAGGAACCCCCUUUACUGUAUUUUGCUUAAAACUUUAGCCAUUAAAAAACUUGUCUAACCAACAACUAGAAUAUUUUUGUGAACCAGAAAUUCCAUGUCAUUUUUUGUGUGCUGAAGUUACGAGGUUAUUGUUGUUUGUUUCGUAAGUGACUUGGGUAAUGUAGGAUAUUUAAAGUGCAUAAUGAAUUUAUUUAAGUUACACCGUAUUGUGUUUGUCAUCAUAGGAUAAGAUUAGCAGUGAAUCCAAAGAUAGCAUGUACUGUAUAGAUAUGAAGGCUGUGAGAAAAUUUUGCCACUUGGGAACGCUAUUUUCUGCACUGAAAAACUUAGUGAGAAUAGUGCACAUUAAUGUCGAGGAAUUGUAGUAUAAGUUGCAAAGCUGGUAAUUAUAAGGGAGUUAGAAGUAGAGCGAUAAUGUAUACAGAAUUUUUCCAUUCCAAGUUCAUUUAAGACAAGUGUUUAUGUUUAUUGCAGUCUUAUUGAUGGUUAUCCCACACCAAGUGGAGGAACAAUAUAUAUAUAUAUAUAUAUAUAUAUAUAUAUAUAUAUAUAUAUAUAUAUAUAUAUAUAUAUAUAUAUAUAUAUAUAUAUAAAACAAUGAAUACUGUAGCCUCCACCAGCUUCCUCUAUGUACCCAUUAAUGACCCCAUAAUUAUUAACCUGUCACAUACCAAUUCAUUAAUUUAUAUCCACCACUGACUGUGUAGACAGUUUUUUGGUGUCUAUUCAUUAUCAAGUUUUAGUAUAUAUACAUGGGUGAGUUUAAUCCAGGUAGUUGCCCCAAUGUUUGUGAGGCAACCAUAUAUCUUUUUUCACAGACAAUUAAAUGCAUUUUAUUUUAGUAGGCAGCAAAAGAGAGACACAUGAGCAACAAAAGAUAAAUUGCUGUUGCAGAAACAGUGCCUUACAUUCAUGUGGAGCUUGACCUGCACUGUGUUGAAGUAUAUUACUAUUAACCCUUAAACAGCAUCCAUCAUCUGUGGAAGUUGGCUGUAGGGACAGCAGCCAUCAUCUGUGGAAGUUAGCUGUAGGGACAACAUCCAUCGUCUGUGAGAAGAUGAUUUGAAAAUCUGCAGGAUGAGGGUUAAUAUGUAGUAUAAUUAGAGUUCAUUUUGUCAAGAAA